AUGGCUUUGUUAAAAUCACGAACACGGCAAGGCCAGUUAGGGAGCCGAAAAUCCCACGACGGAUGCAUCACCUGCAAGAUCAGAAAACUCAAGUGUGACGAGCAGCGUCCUGCGUGUAAAAGGUGUCAGACGACCGGGAGAAAAUGCGAUGGGUAUAUUGACCCUCGGGCCAAGGGAUUUUGGUCGCCAAGCACGAACCUCGCCAUCGUGCAAGUUCAAACUCCCUCAACGUAUGCGAGCUUCACACAGGUAGAGGUCCAAUCGUUCGAGUUCUUUGUGCGGCGAGUCGUGCCGUAUUGUUCACGGACCGUGGAUGAACACUUCUGGCGUCUGCUUCUUCCCCAGCUCAGUCAUUCCGACCCUGUUAUCUGGGAUGCCGUCAUCGCUCUCUCAUCUCUGAUCCAGCACUUUCAGUCUUCCGGCAGAUCUACAGUGGCGGAAAUCAGCACAGCCCCCGUGGUGAAGAGAGAACAUCGACGGGCGUUGGCGUGGUACGGCAAAUCGAUCGCUCGUCUACGGGCACAAUUGAAUCAACCAGGUACUCGGUCCAUUACUGCAGUGAUCUCUUGCAUCCUAUACAUUUGCAUAGAGUGCUUGCAAGACCACCCAUCUGAGGCAAUCGCGCUCUAUCAACGAGCAGUCGCCAUGACAGAAACGAUGGCAGACCCGGAGAACCGGACCUGGGGGUCGACACAAUCCGAGAGCUCUGUCCAAAGCACCGUCCGGGCCUUAUUACAAAAUAUGUCGGCAUCGCAACGACUUCCUCUCGGCCGGUCAAGGGUUUUAGGAGAUACGAACUUCGAGACGCUGGCUGCAGCCCGAGAUAGUCUUUAUGCCCUGCUCUUUGCCGCCCACGACUUCAUUGUGGAUGCGAGGACAAUCACGUUCAACAAGCCGAAAGAAUGGACACCCUCCUCGGAUCUGAUUCACAGACAACAGCAACUUCGAAAAGACUUUCUAAAAUGGCGCUCAGCUUUCGAGGAUAUGACAAGCUGUCCCGAUGGUGUUUCCAUCCAGGACGAAGCCGAGCAAUGCUCUCUCCUCCAUGUGGUAUACGCCUAUUAUUUCACUUUGGUGUGUACGUGUUUGAGUAUGUACGAAACGGAUUUUGACGACUAUUUGCCCGUGUUUCAGAACCUGGUCGACCACGCCAGCCGAAUCAUUACUCCCAGGAGUGAAGAGCAGCGGCCCGUCUUCAUGUUUGAGACGCGAGUCAUCCCGUCCCUAUUCGGCGUUGCCGUCAAGUGUCGGCACCCGGUCAUCCGCCGACAGGCGAUCUCGCUGCUUCGUCAUGGAACUCAGGUAGAAAACACGUGGAGAGCUGACACGAUGGCCGAUAUCGCCGAGUGGUCUGUCGGCAUCGAGGAAUCGGGCAGUAUUUACGGGGCCUUCUGUCCAGAGCCUCCUGCUCAGAUCGAGCUGCCCCCCGAACACCAUCGACUGCACUGGAGCCAGGUUGUCGAGCUUCCAGAUUCAACCGGACGAGCCACGAAGUUUCAUCAAGUCCAGAAGUGGGAACAAGAUGACCGUCACGUGUGGUCACUCGUCAACCACAUGGUGAGGCUUUGA